AUGGCCACUCUCGCACAAGAACCGAAUGAAAAGAGGACGCCUCACUCGCAGGCUGGCUCCUCCGAAGAUCUGGAACGCUCAUUCAAGGCCGACAAGGCCAAGAAUGGAGAUGCUACCGACGAUAUCGUCGAGGUCAGCAGCACGGCCGACUCCGAAGAUGCUCUCGCCGCUGUCCGUGUCAAGCAAGCCCAAGAAGGAGGUACGAUCGUCUAUCGGACUCUCUCUUGGCAGAAGGCUGCUAUCCUGCUGUUCACCGAAUACGUCUGCCUUGCUAUCCUGUCGUUCCCUUGGGCCUUCAGCUAUCUCGGUAUGGCCGGAGGCCUUCUCGCCACUUUCGGUGUUGGCAUGGGCGCUCUCUACACGUCACUGAUCCUUUGGAGGUACUGUCUGAAACACCCACAACUCCUCAACAUUUGCGACAUUGGCUAUCAGAUCUUUGGCAAGAGCAAGAUCGCCUACGAGCUCACAGCAAUCGCUCUCAUCCUCAACAAUGUGUUCAUCAUGGGUCUGCAUACGCUGACGGGCUCUGAGAUCCUGAACACGCUCUCCAACCACGGAACCUGUUCGGUGGUGUUCUCCGUGAUCAUCAUGGUCGUUUCGAUCCUCCUUACGCUGCCUCGAAAGCUGGAGCAACUCACAGGUCUGGGUGUUGUUUCGGCCAUCUCGAUGUUUAUCUCGAUCCUCCUUGUACUCAUCUUUUCCGGUAUUCAAGGCACCCAUCCAGCCGUGGAGGACUUCGCAGAGCCCGUCUACAUCACUGCCUUUGCUCCGAAGGGCACUGGCUUCGUCAACGGUUUCAGUGCCUUCUUGAACAUUGUGUUCACUUGGAUCGGCCACAUCAUGUACCCGACCUUCAUCGCCGAGAUGAAGGAUCCUCGCGAGUUCCCCAAGGCCCUCUACGCCGUCACCGUGGCCGAAUUCAUCCUGUUCAGCGUCACGGGCAUCGUCGUCUACCGAUACACGGGACAGUACACCACCGCUCCUGCUGUCGGAACGCUGCGACCCGUCUUCAAGAAGAUUGCCUUCGCCUUCGUGCUCCCCACCACCAUUAUCAUCGGUGUCCUCUAUGCCUCCGUGGUCGCCAAGUAUCUCUUUGGACGCAUCUUCAUGGGCACUAAGCAUUACAACAACCACACCGUCCUCGGUUGGGCCGGAUGGAUCGGAUGCGUUACCGUCACCUGGAUCCUCGGCUGGGUCAUUGGCGAGGCCGUUCCCUUUUUUUCUACCCUUCUUUCCCUUAUGAGUGCCCUCUUCGACUGCUACUUUGGGUACAUCUUCUGGGCCUUCGCCUUCUUCGAACUUCACCGGGGUCAGCUCUGGCGCGGUCAGUCUUGGAUCAGACGUACCGAGACGGCGUUCCAGUUCGUCUUGAUUGCAACGGGUCUGAUGGUGCUGGGCCCCGGUUUGUACGCCUCGGUUCAGUCGAUCAUCGACAACUACAAUACCGGCAGCAUCAAGGCCCCCUUCACUUGUGCUGACAACUCGGUCUAA